AUGGCUGGUUAUAAGCCUGUAGUUAUUCAGACAUAUCCUGUACUUGGUGAGAAAAUCACCCAAGACACCCUAUACUGGAACAACUAUAAGACCCCUGUUCAGAUAAAGGAGUUCGGGGCAGUAUCAAAAGUAGACUUCUCCCCACAACCUCCUUAUAAUUACGCUGUCACCGCUUCCUCGAGGAUUCAUGUGUAUGGCCGAUACUCCCAGGAACCUAUAAAGACCUUUUCCCGAUUUAAGGACACGGCGUACUGUGCUACUUUUCGCCAGGAUGGGAAAUUGCUGGUGGCUGGCAGUGAAGAUGGUGGAGUUCACCUGUUUGAUAUCAGUGGCAGGGCUCCUCUCAGACAGUUUGAAGGCCAUACAAAAGCGGUUCACACAGUGGAUUUUACAGCUGACAAAUACCAUGUGGUUUCUGGGGCUGAUGAUUAUACUGUUAAGCUGUGGGAUAUUCCAAACUCCAGAGAAAUCUUGACAUUUAAAGAGCAUUCUGAUUACGUGAGGUGCGGAUGUGCUAGCAAAUUGAACCCGGAUCUCUUCGUAACAGGGUCAUAUGAUCAUACUGUGAAGAUGUUUGACACACGAACAAAUGAGAGUGUUAUCUCUAUUGAGCACGGGCAGCCAGUGGAGAGUGUCCUGCUUUUCCCCUCUGGAGGUCUUCUGGUAUCAGCAGGAGGCCGCUAUGUGAAAGUCUGGGACAUGUUAAAAGGAGGACAAUUGUUAGUGUCUCUGAAAAAUCAUCACAAAACUGUGACGUGUUUGUGUUUGAGCAGCUCCGGACAGCGGUUACUCUCUGGCUCACUGGACAGGAAGGUGAAAGUAUAUAGCACAGCUUCUUACAAAGUAGUCCACAGUUUUGAUUAUGCUGCUUCAAUUUUGAGUCUUGCACUUGCACAUGAAGAUGAGAUGAUAGUUGUAGGAAUGACCAAUGGAAUACUGAGUGUUAAGCAUCGGAAGUCAGAAGCAAAGAAGGAUACAUCUUCCAGGAGACGAAGACCUGCAUAUCGAACCUUUAUUAAAGGAAAAAGUUUCUUGAAGCAACGGGAUGACAUUAGCAUCAAUAGGCCAUCCAAAAAACAUCUGGAAUUGUAUGACAAGGAUCUGAAAAAUUUCCAGAUCUCUAAGGCGCUCGACAGAGUCCUUGAGCCAGAAAUUACAAUAAAGACACCUGAAGUUACGGUUUCUAUCAUAAAGGAGCUAAAUCGAAGAGGAGUCCUGGCAAAUGCUCUUGCAGGUCGGGAUGAAAAGGAACUCAGUCGCAUUCUUAAUUUUUUGAUAAGGAAUCUAUCUCAGCCAAGAUUUGCUCCUGUUUUGAUAAAUGUUGCUGAAAUAAUUAUUGAUAUAUAUCUGCCUGUGAUUGGUCAGUCACCUGUAGUGGAUAAAAAGUUUUUGUUACUGCAGGGACUUGUAGAAAAAGAGAUUGAUUACCAAAGAGAACUGCUAGAAACCCUGGGGAUGAUGGAAAUGCUUUUUGCUACCACACCAACAAAGGAAAGCACUUUUACAUUGGAAUAUAAAUCUGAUGGAGUUCUAGAAAACAAGAUAGAAUCAUAG